AUGGCACAAGGCGAUGUUGAGAGCCACCUCGCAAGUGGAGAAGAAACCGCCGAUGCAGUCAGCGCCGUCUUCACUCCCAUACGACUAGAAAGAGAAGGUACGGCCGGAUAUUCGAGAACCACGACGACCGAAGCACUGGCCCAUUCUUGGUCCCAAAACGGAUACAGCUGUGAUCCUGUACUCGAUCCCGACGAGAGCUCCGAAGAUGAUGGGCCAGUGAAGAAUGAUUUCGUGGUGGGCUGGGACCAGGGGAGUCAGGAUCCUCUGUGUCCACGUAGAUUCAACACUACGAGGAAAUGGAUUAUCGUUUCGAUUGUUUCCAUGGCCAGUCUUUGCGUCACGAGCGCGAGCUCUAUCUACGGGUCGACGUACGCGCAAAUGGAAGCAGAGUUCGGCAACUCUCGCAUCGUCUCCACCCUUGGCCUGUCAAUGUUUGUGCUUGGAAUCAGUCUGGGCCCGAUGCUCCUAAGCCCCCUAAGCGAGUUUUACGGACAAAGGCCGAUAUACCUCGUCUCCUGGACAAUGUACAUCAUCUGGAUUAUCCCGCAGGCCGUUGCCAAAAAUAUCCCUACCGUGAUUGUCGGCCGCUUUUUCGAUGGACUAUCAGGCAGCGCAUUUCUGGCAGUGUCGGCUGGCACGGUGGGAGAUUUGUUCAACCGAGACGGACUUCAGGGGCCGAUGCUCAUGUUCUCAUUGGCACCUUUCGUUGGGCCCGCGAUUGGUCCUGUCAUGGGAGGGUUUAUCAACUAUUUCACAGGCUGGAGAUGGACCUACUAUGUGCUGCUGAUCUGGUCUUUUGUUAUCUGGCUAUGUAUCGUCUUUCUCGUGCCAGAAACUCAUCGUAAGUUGCGGGGAUUCCUUGACGCUUAUGUCCGAUUUUCUGACCUGGCGCUGUUCGACCUAGAUUCUAUUAUUCUCAAAAGCAAAGCCAUAAAGAAGCGAAAGGAAACAUCCGACGAUCGCUGGAAAGCACCCAUGGAGAUGUCCGACAAAUCCGUUGCCAGCGCUAUCGGCCACUCGCUCCUCCGCCCCUUCGAGCUCUUGAUAUUUGAGCCCAUGUGCUUGAACCUGUGCCUCUUCUCUGCUAUUCUUCUGGGCAUUCUCUAUCUUUUCUUCGGUGCCUUUCCCCUGGUCUUCCGAGGCGUAUACGGGUUCAACCUUUGGCAGAGCGGCCUGACCUUUUUAGGCAUUCUAACUGGCAUGCUCUUCGCAGCUGGUUUAGAUCCUAUCUUCGGACGUAUUCGCUUGAAUCUUGUUAACAAUCUUAGCGCUGAGACAGGCGUCGAGGGGUCUAGCGAGCCCGAGUUUCGAUUACCCUCUGCGAUUGCGGGUUCUGUGCUAGUUCCUGCGGGUAUCUUCAUGUUUGGGUGGUCUUGCUUCCCCUGGGUGCACUGGAUUGUUCCUGUGAUUGGAUCGGCGAUAUUCGGAGCCGGGGUUGUGCUCGUGUUCAAUGGAAUAUUUACGUUUCUGGUUGACGCAUACCCUCAAUCCGCAGCGAGCGCACUCGCCGCAAACGCUUUCGUUCGCUGCGCAUUCGCAGCAGCUGCGUUCCCCUUAUUUGGAGUUCAGAUGUACAACAAGCUCAACUACCACUGGGCGUCGUCACUACUUGCCUUUUUGACCGUUGCUAUGAUGCCGUUUCCAUAUCUAUUCUUCAAAUUCGGGAAGAAAAUCCGAGCUACAAGCAGAUUUGCAACAUCAUGA